UAUUCAGGCGAAUGCAGGGCAGCCAUUGCGAACUUGCGAAGGACCCCGCCCGUCUCUCUGAUGCUAUGAGUGUCAGCGUUGUGUUUACAUAUUAAUAAUCUCCUUUUUUCUCCCUGAAAUAGUGUUAUUUCUAUCGAUAAAAUGCCCUUGUUUGAAGGCCUGGGCAGUGGAGGGGAGAAGACAGCCGUGGUUAUUGAUUUAGGAGCGGCGUACACAAAAUGUGGCUUUGCCGGCGAGACUGGGCCGAGAUUCAUCAUCCCCAGUGAAAUUAAACACCCUGGAUCUCAGGAGGCUGUUCAAGUCGUGCAGUACAACAUCAACACCGAGGAGCUGUACACCAUCCUGAAGGAGUUCAUUCACCUGCUGUACUUCAGGCAUCUGCUUGUGAAUCCUCGAGACCGGCGCGUGGUGAUCAUUGAGUCCAUCCUCUGUCCUUCACACUUCAGAGAGACGCUCUCCAGAGUCUUCUUCAAGCACUUUGAGGUCCCGUCGGUCCUGUUUGCUCCCAGUCAUCUGAUGUCCGUCAUGACUCUGGGCAUCCAGUCUGCUCUCGUCAUGGAUUGUGGAUACACGGAGACGCUGGUGUUACCAAUCUAUGAAGGCAUUCCGAUCCUGUCCGCAUGGGAGGCUCUACCAAUGGGAGGAAAAGCCAUCCAUAAGGAGCUGCACAGUCUGCUGAGUGAGCAAUGCACGCUGGACACCGACGCCGGCACCGGCCUCAACCUGCCCGCCCUCAUCAGCACUAUUCCAGAGGAUGUUGUGGAGGAUAUCAAAGUGCGGACGUGUUUUGUUAGCGACCUGCAGAGGGGCAUGAAGAUCCAGGAGGCCAAAUUCAACAUGGACGGAUCUGCUGAGAGACCGGCUCCUCCUCCAGAUGUGGAAUAUCCAUUGGAUGGGCAGAAGAUUCUGCAUGUCAAGGGCUUCAUCAGAGACUCGGUGGCCGAGAUGUUGUUCGAGCAGGAUAAUGAGGAGAAAUCCAUCGCCACGCUGCUGCUGGACACUUUGGUUAAGUGUCCCAUCGACACUCGCAAGGUUCUGUCAGAGAACUUGGUGAUAAUCGGUGGUACGGCCAUGUUGCCCGGGUUCCUGCACCGACUCCUGGCCGAGAUCCGCUCGCUGGUGGAAAAACCGAAGUACCGUGAUGCUCUGGCUACCAAGAGCUUCCGUAUCCACAGCCCUCCAGCCAAACCCAACUGCACCGCCUGGUUAGGAGGUGCUAUAUUUGGAGCAUUACAGGACAUUUUAGGGAGUCGCUCGGUGUCCAGAGACUACUACAACCAGACGGGCCGCAUCCCAGACUGGUGCUGUCUCAGCACCCCACCUCCGGAUUCAGUCUAUGAGGCGGGAAAAACACCUCCACCUCUCAUGAAGAGGGCCUUCUCCACUGAGAAAUGAACUGGACAUUUCAAAUAUUAACCUCCUCUAAAUCCUGUCCGUCUGCUUAAUCAGAUAUGCUCUUGUAUGUUUACUGUAUAUAGUCCUGGUGUGUAAUGGUCUAAAGCAGAGAUUCUCAACUCUGGCCCUCGAGAUCCACUCCAAGCUUACCUGCCUGUAACGUUCUAGUAAUCCUCAAGACCUUGAGUAGUCUUUUCAGGUGUGUUUGAUUAGGGUUGGAGCCAAAAUCUGCAGGAAAGUGGAGCCUGAGGGCCAGAGUUGAGAACCCCUGGUCUACAGUAUGUCAUAUUGGUUCAGCUUUACUUCAUUUUUAAUAGUAGGUGAAACUAAAACCACUAGGGGUCAGUAACAGUCGCAGCAGGCCUCUGCUUCACUCAUGAAAGAGAUAAACCAUUUCCAGAGCAUGACAUUUGUCCAGCCUAAACCAUGUCAGUUCUUACAUAGUUUUGGACAAAAAGCUACUCUUUAAUUAUUAUUUAAAUGUCUGUGCUUGUUCUUGGACCAUCAACUUGACCGUAGUGUCAAGAAAAUACAUCCCAUUUCAAUUAUAUAUUUAACAACCAGUUUGGUUGUUAAAUAUAUAAUAUACAAGAGCUGGAUAUGUUGAAAAGUUUGGUGUAUUUAUUAGGUUUGUGAAAUAAACAUUUAAAAAUUUGUCAAA